AUGGAGGGGGAUGAGACUGCAGAGCCUUCUCUCGUCAAGAGGGAAGGUUCUCUUGGUCUUGGUCCCAAGUCUCCUUCUGACAACGUCGUCAAGCUCGAGGGCAACGAUGUCGAAUGUCUUGUCUCAAUGGCCCGACCGGGGGCCAUGGUGCAGGCGCCUAUGAAUGUCGACGGCGAUGACGAUAAGGAUGCUCGAGUGCCUCCCUCGGGGGUUGCAUCGCACAAGGAUGCAGACUACGCCGACGACAAAUCUGACUGCAGCAGCGAAUUGUCCGAGCCAGAAGAAUAUUCCGACGACGAGUACGUCGACCCUACCGACAUUCGUGUUGCUUCCCAACAAGAGAAGAAAGAACAACAACCGGCCAAAGCGAAGCCGAGGACUCCACGCCGCGCAGCAAAGAAUGUCGCCGAAUAUGCGGCCAGGCUCUCCGCCAGCCGCAAGGAGGCAUUCCUGAAGUACAUGGUGAGUAAUCUAGGGCUCGUGGACCAAACAGGCUUCAUCCCACCACCGCCGGCUCGAAAUAAGUCCAAGAAAAAGCAGAAGAGCAUCGAGGUCACGUCUGUCACUGCUGUCCCAUCAGACAUGCCUUCGUUCUCUGGUGUUGAAGAACAAGAACCCACUUUCGUCACAAAGGCGGACAACAUGAAAGAGCUCACCAAGUGCACAAACAGCGUAGGCAACAAUCGUCAUGGCAAGACCCAGAAGAGGGAUGUAAAAGAAGGCAUCAAGGUCUUCGGUCGAGCCCAAGUCAAAUGCUUCAACAAAGACACUCCAGCUGGUCCAGAACGAUCCUAUGAGAUUAAGGGUAUGAUUGCCAAGCUAAAGGAAUAUCAGCUUCCUCUCGCGGCCUGGUGGGUCUUGCAGGAGCACUCUGACAUUGGCCCCCAGGGCGGCAUUGUCGCUGACAUGCCCGGUUUUGGCAAGACGAUCGUCACUCUUGCUGCAAUCCAUGGCAACCGACCUGAGAAUGCCAAACGAGACGCAGGAGAGGGGGCGACGCUGGUCGUGGCACCAAACGCUUCGCUUGCUCGACAGUGGAGGAACGAGAUUCUCGCCCAUCUUGGCGAGACAUAUGAUGAUCAGACCAUUCUAAUGUCCACCCUCCAGGAUGGCCGGCUAGAUCACCGGGCCCUAGCCAGAAAGCGGAUCGUAAUCGCAACCUAUACCGAGCUUCGAAUGAGCUAUGAGGCGACCCCUUCUGCUCAUGUUUACGAAAGCGACGAAGAUGGCGAUGAUGCAGAGCCUGCCGGCUGCGUUCGAGGUUUUCCUCUGGGGGCUGAUGAGUACGCGAUGGCCGAUGAUUAUAUCAGAGGAAUGCUCCACAAAGUUCAAUUCUUCCGCUUGGUGUUGGACGAAGUUCAUAACAUCAAAAGGCAUGCUGGAAUGACUUUCCGGGCAGCCUACGCUGUCCAGGCACAUCAUAAAUGGGGUCUCAGCGGCACACCGCUCAGCAAUAGAAUCGAAGAGCUAUACUCUUACACAAAACUCAUCGGUUGCACAAAUGUCACAAACUUUCAGGAGUUCAAAGACGUUUAUGUGCUUUCAAGCGAUGCAAAAGAUCGGAUCGAUGUUCUCAUGACCAACAACAGCUAUCGAAGGUGGCUUGACAUCAUAUUCGACACUGACGACGACGCGAGGACCGGCAACAAAAAAUAUGUCGGUCACAUGCGGUACAGGCAGUUGGUGUCGCACGCCUAUUCCCUGGAGUCUUUCCUCCGGGAUGACGGUCCGAACGGCGUAUCCGUGGACGAGCUGCAGGUGCUGCUUGAGAUGGUGCGAAAGGUCGAGGCGCAGCCAGUGACACCCAGCACUCUUGAUCAAAUUGGAUGCUGGUCUGAGCGACAAGUCAACCAUGAUGCGAGGUCUUCAAGCGUGGCCAAACCAAAGACCCUUAACCCAUUUGGCAGCUCGGAGUUUGGAACACGGUGCUGCUCCUUCGCGCCGCUCAUUGAAAUGAUCAUCGAUUAUCACCAAAUACGAGCAUGUGGUCAUUACAUCUGCGGCAGUUGUCUGACCGAGUGGCUCAAAACCGAAAAACGCACCGAGUGUCCUCGCUGCAACACUCCGACACAAUUCCUCAAGAUAGUCACCCUCGGUACGCUGGAGACUCAAUUUGACGCCCAAGAGCAAGCUAGGGAAGACGAGAUCAAAAGCUCAUCGAAGAGGAAGCGGGCAAGCCGAUCGAAUUUCAGCCGCAGAAGAGCGGCUCCAGCCACCGACCCUAGGAACCGUCGUGUCGGACAAGACAACCAAGGCGUGACGCCUUUGCUUGCGCCCCGCGAUACCACCUUUAUCAAGGCAGCUUUCGUCUUGAACAACAGAAUGCCGGCCGCGGGCUCGAAGCUCACGGCAGUCAAGGACACUCUGCUCAGAUGGCGGAGAGAUUUCCCCGAAGACAAGUGCAUCAUCUUUGUGCAAUUCGUGAAAACGCUCCUGAUGACGGGCAUCAUGCUCCAGCUUGAGGGCAUCGACUUCGUCUACACCUAUGGCAAAAUGUUGUCGAGGCAAAAGUCCAAGGCCAAGAACAUAUUCGAGUCUGAACCGACUGUCAAGGUCUUGGUCGCAACCAUGGGAACAUGUAGCGAAGGCCUCAACUUGACGUGCGCCAAUCGCGUCAUUGUUGUCGACGCGUGGUGGAACAGUGCUAGGGAGCAGCAGUCAUUCGGCCGUGUCGUCCGCACUGGACAGUGCAAAGAGACGUACUGCGUGAGGCUGAAAUCACCGAACUCCAUCGACGACAAGAUUGAGAAGAUUCAGACCAGCAAGAAUGAGGUCGUGGACUGUGCUGUCCAGGACGACGGGCACGACCCCUUUACUCUUUCCGAGCUUGGCGUCAUGAAUCUGCUCAACCCUGAGAAAUACCUGGAGCUCUGCAAGGAAACACUAUCGAAGAUCAAGAACCCAAAGGCGGCCGAACUUGCGAAGUGA